UGCAGGAAAAGUUCAGUUCGACACCGCGAUCCGAACGAUUUUGUGUUUUAUUCCGACAUUGUUUUAGAAUUAAUUUCCGGCUCCCGGUGCGCUCCGAAAUUUAAGUUCCCGCCAAAGGAAAACUCGACCCGCGAUCUUCGAUUAAAUUGCAAACGAACACCAAAACAAUGAUUACGAAAAACAUACUGCAUAGAAUAGAAGCGACAACUCCCAUCGAAAAGUGGUAACUUUUGUGUGAUGAUCGAAACGACCAACGAAUUCGACAACGAUUUGAUUUGACUGUGCCGGAGUCUUGCACCAACUUCCGGUAGUUAUUUUAUUUUUAUUAGCACUGCGCAUCAUUCAUCUGAAUUGACGCUUUGGAUGCAGUAGUUAUUUUUUAUUUUGCUAGUGGCGACGCAGUAGUUUACUAAUAAUCUCGGUUUAUGCCAGCAGCGGUAAAAAUAACCCGGUGACACAAGCGGUUCGCUGAGUGUGAAACAUUUCUCCGGAUUACGUACGUGUGUGUUUUGUGCGGGUGUUGGUGGCGGUUUUAGUGAGUAGCCGGUUAUAGCGGAAGGAACCGUCGGAACUUUGGCAUUCUUCGUUCUUCGAAUUAUGCGUGAAUUAUGUUGCAACGAUUUUAUAAUCUUCAAAAAGUGUUAAAAUAUCGACUCGCCAACAACAGCGUUUGAUAAACAUAGUCCCAGCUGCUCGUAAUUUUUCUGAACAAACAAACAGCUAAAUAGAAUGUGAGAAACUAGUUGUUUUCGAAAGAAGCUAAUAAAUUUAUUAAAGAAUUCAUCAACUAGUGUUUUGUGUGCUUCCCCAGUUAGCAGUCCGAAAGUGAAACGUAUCAACCAUCAUAUGUGUCCUUAAUGUGAUCAAAAUAAAGUGUCUGAAGAACCCCAACAGGUGCAAUUAUUUUACGGUAGUGUAGUGCUAUAGUCUUCGCUAUUCGAACGAAUAAACGGAAAAAAUUGGAAUUAUUCUUAAAACCCAACCUAUAGAUAGUACUAGCAGUGUGAUAUGGAGAUCGUGUCGAUUUUCAGCCGAUUUUUGAUUUAUUGUUUUGUUUAUUUCUGUUCCGAGCACGCAUUCGUCAACGGCCCAAAAAAUGCUCGCUAUGCGUCGUGAAAGUGACCAAAUCUACAACGGUAGUAGUGCCAGUGCAAUCAACCACUCCAGUAUCUACAAUCAGCACCUGAUCCCGUCCCACAGCGUCGUCGCUAGUGGGUCCGGUCUCGGUAGCAGCUCAGCGCAUACCACCAACAGUGCCCUGUCGUCGUCGGCGUCGUCCCACCUGAGUAACAACAGUGACAACAAUAGUGCCAGUGUUAGUGCAAGUCAUAGUUCAGUUAGUGCUGCCGUCGAAUCGACGACCCCCUCAAGUGCUUGUGGUAGCAGUUCCACCGCAGUUCAACCGCAACUAACAGCGCCUUAUCAUCAGCAUCACCAUCAUCACCAUCACUUCCAGCAGCCGUCGCAGCAUCAGGCGGCCCAGCAUCAUCACGUUGGCCACAGCUUCAACGGUUUCGGAAGUCCGAGCGGGGGAGCACCGAACGCCUACGGAAGUUACAACAACUACGGUGCUGGAAUUACCAAUCGAUCCAACCCCAGUGCCAGCCUAGACGAGUACGUCGAUAUUCUACAGGUCCAGCAACUGUUGCUGGAAAACUCCUCCAAUCCCUCCUCAUCCUGUACCGCCGCAAUAACUUUACCCAUCAACAGUCACAAUUUAUCCUCCAACACUACCACAACCGCAACCUCAUCCCUUCCAUCUUCAUCCUCUUCUACUGCCACCACAAAUUCCUCCUUCUCAAUAUCAUCCCCACUCAUACUCAACGGAUCUGCCAAAAACCGGCCCAAAGUUAACCUUCAGAAAGCUUCCGAGUAUUCAGCAGCCGCCGCCGCCGCAGCAGCAGCCGCAGCAGCGAAUCAGCUCCAAGGCGAAUCUCCGUCCAAGCGACUGCUGUUUGAUUAUCCGAGUCCAUAUUUGUAUGGUAAUUAUCAUCCGUCGCCGAGUGACGAUCUGGUCGCUUUAUGGUUUGGAAGUAACGGAACAGGUGGCGUUGCCCCUGGACCACCGGCAGCUGCCAUGAUCAUGGAAGGGCUAGAAACCUUGGUUGCGCCACCGCAUCACACAUUCCUACUGACAGAAUCAGCAGCGGCAGCGCACUUCAACGUGCUCAGCUUCGAUACCUGCGGCCUGUUCAAGACCGCAGCCACAACGACAUCGUUGGGUUUGAACAACAACAACUCCGCGACGCCCAACAACAAUCACCACCAUCUGUACCACCCAUAUCACCAUCAGACGCACACGGCCGCAACUCACCACAGCCAGACGGUCAAUCAUCACAGUCAGCAGCAGCAUCAUCAUCAACAACAACACUCCGCGCAAACUUCCUCCACCAGUAGCAGCACCUCAACCCCAUCCUCCUCCAUCACAACACAAACAACUUCAACGUCAACCUCCUGCUCUACCAGCAAUUCCCAUCACCCUCACCUGAGCCUGCUCAGUACCACUGCGGCCAGUGGUCAUCACUCCUCAGACUCCAACCUGCAUCAGUCAUCCGAAGAUCACUCCCAAUCGCAAGGUGACACUCAAACCGGAGAUCUCAACACUCCCGUCACGACCUCCGGGGACAUUCCGUCCUUCUUCGGACCGUCCACCGUCGUCGAGCCACCACCGAUCACAGGAUCAAUCGAAUCGGACGAUCUCUCGCUGGAACCGCAAACCGUAUCCAGCCCGUGCGUAAGUUUGUGCAGCCCGACAAAACAGGAGCGCAGCACUCCGCAAUCCGUGGUCAUCGAGGAAGAGGCUAGCAACACCAGCAGCAACGCAAUGUACCCAUCAUCAUCGUCACACCAUCAGCAAGCUACCCAGUCUUCGUCACACCACAGCAACAGUGGUAGCCAGGAAAUGCAGCACGAUCAAUCGGUGGAGCAUGAGGAUAGUAAGAUCUCCUAUCGGGGUAUCUUCACCACCACCGCAGGAGUCGGCAUGGGCCUUCAGACACCAUCCGGUUCGCAGCUCUCGAUAAUGUCCGGCCAAAUGUCGCCCACCUCCGGAUUGAGCGGUUGGGGUUUACCCAGCCCCGACAAGAGCAUAUUCCAACCGCCAAUGUUCGGACUACUCGGUCCCGGACCGCAGAGUUCAGCUCAAGCUCACUUUGCAGCAGCUCAACAAUCGGCCAUAAGCUCCGCUCAAACUCCUUCCCCAGCGGGACAUCACCAACACUCGUCACAUCAUUACGGCACCGAUGAACGGACGCAUGAGCUGCUCGGUCUUAACAUGGACUGCCCUAGCAUCAUUCUCAAGCAACCUCCCAGUUAUGCCAGCUGCGUUUCUUCUCUUGACAUGCAAUCUCAACAGCAGCAGGUCCAAGAAAUGCAUCAAUACUCCCGCAGUCAAAGCUUAAGUAUGGGUCAAACACCCAAGUAUCAGUGGCUUGAUUCACCGGUGGAAUAUGGCAGUCCCCAACACAAUGUCGUUAUCCCUGGACCGUCUUCCUCUUCCUCUGUCGGUAUUAUCCCCAAGCAAGAACCCUACACCUCCCAGUGCCCUGACGUCAGCCAGCUCAGUCAGCUAACACCUCAGCAGCAAGCACAAUACGCAGUGCAACUCGCUGAGUACAACCCAUCCACCAGCAAAGGGCACGAGAUCCUUAAUCAAGUCUACCAGCAAAGCCCGAUGCCACUGAAGCUAGUCCCGGUCAAACCACGAAAAUAUCCAAACCGACCGAGCAAAACUCCCGUUCAUGAACGCCCGUAUGCCUGCCCGGUUGAAAACUGCGACCGGAGAUUCUCCCGAUCCGAUGAACUCACCAGACAUAUCAGAAUACACACCGGCCAAAAGCCGUUCCAGUGUCGGAUCUGCAUGCGUUCCUUCAGCCGUUCGGAUCAUCUCACGACCCACAUCCGAACGCACACCGGCGAGAAACCAUUCUCCUGCGACAUCUGUGGCCGUAAGUUUGCACGCUCCGAUGAAAAGAAGCGUCAUGCUAAAGUUCACCUCAAACAACGGAUAAAGAAGGAAAAGAACACUCACGGCAGUAGUAGUAGCAGUAGUGCCAACAAUAGCAGUAACACAAGCGGUACUCUCCAUCACCAUCAACAGCAGCAACAGUCUCAGCAGCAUCAUCACCACGUAUCGGCUACUCAGCAGCAGCAGCAACAACAACAGCAACAACAACAACACCAUCACCAUCAUCACCAAGCCAGCCUACACUCGCAUCACCUUCUGCACGAAGACAUCAACGGUAUCCCAAUUGUGUCCUCGUCCAGUGCGACCAGCUUGUAGACCGAACUUCCGUCGAUCGACGUUAUGCGUUUGAAUGACCCCCAGAUUGAGCUAGUGCACGACGACCCCUUUAUGGGUUACAUCGAAACGGCUCGAGCUGGCACUUCCGGAAUAUCCCGUAGUCACAGCAGCACCCAAGCAACCCGACCACCUUCCGCAGUCUUGCUAGACAUUGCCGAGGAAGAUACAGAUAACACCGUGGCGGCAGCAGCAGCUGCUGCAGCACCGGUUCUAUCCUCCACCGGCGAUGACGACGAAGACGUAGACGUCGGCGAAAAUAGUCGACCGAUUCCCGAACCGGCACCCUCCGACAUCGAUAACCCUGACCGUGGAAUUGUUAGAGUUAAUCGCAACAGGGACGAGUCCGGUAGCGUUGAUGCCCAAGCCGGCAUCCGGGAUCAGUCGAUUGUGAUCGUUCUGUUGGUUGAGUAAGUGUAGUGCACGUCAAAAAUUCGAAAAGUGCCAAAAUUAUAAUAAAAAAAAAACAACAGUAACCAGUAAGCAAAAUUCAUUCAAAGCGCAAACUUCGUUCGACAUGCACCGGUUCUGAUAGCAGACCCAAUUGCACACAGUUAUACACCGAGCAGGUUGUCACUGGGCAACAAUAGUAGCCACAAACAACAGACCAAAUAGUUUUCGUUCAAAACCCGUACGAUUUUGAAGUCAAUUGAACAUGAGCAACGCUUGCCGGUGACAGCUGCCAGAUGUAACACUGUGGCACACAUAAACACACACAUGAAUCAGUGAACCAAACAAGGUAAACACACAUACAAAUGAACAUAAAUUCUACAAUUAAUCAAAAUACUAGAGCUAUUUUGUCGUUAGCAAAUCACAACCUUUUCGAUUCGACUUGCUGUACUUUCAUACCAGCACGUGCACAUACAAGAGUGACAAAUAUGAAUGUUGCCACCAACCAAACACAAUCACUUCACGCACGAGUCAAGCUACUCACACAAAUACACGUAUACGUACAUAUAUUAAACGUUUAUGAAUGAUCCACGUUGUUUUGGAUGUUUCAACAAAUGAGUAUUUUUCCAACUCGAAAGUUUUUCAACAUCAGGUCGAAUAAAUGUGUGUUAGCCUUACAUUUGAUUCGCCUCUCCCCCUUCCCUUUUCACGUACACACAUACCAACACAAAGCAGCAGCGAUCGCCUACUCUGGUCUGAUAGGUGAGUUGCGGUGUAGGAAUCCACACACACACAUAAACAAAUGAAUCAAGAAAGGCGAGAUUGUUCUUUACUACAAUUUUAUCUCUAAACACUGUGAUCUCAAUUUAUAAGUAAAAGAGAACGAAAAAUAGACUUUUUAAUAAAAAAAAUAUUAGCUAUACUGUAAAUGAGAAACAAGAAUUUAUGCUGUAAAAUCGAGUACAUAAAAAAAUUUAAAAUCACUUUCGGUGCAAUGCCUGACUAACAAAACGUUUUCUGAAAACACUGCUGCUAGAAGGCAUGAAACCUACGGUGAGCCGUACUAAAUUCGAGUAGCUGUUGUAAUAACACUGCGAAGAAACUAAAUUAAGCGAGUAUAACAAUUGCCGCACAUUACUACUUCUGUAGCAUAUACCUACAACAUGUACAUCAAGUGGAAAACCAUGAGCAUCACACUUCGAAGUAACGAAAAUGAUCGCGGCAACAGUCGAUCGAGAAAAUAUUCUUAAAAAGAAUAUGAAUCAUACUAAAAAACCGUACUAAAACAAGCAUCAUUAAAGAAAAAAAGCUGUAGUUAGGAGAGUAUUUUUCUAAGAGAAUUAAGUAAAUAUGUUACUGAUACAUACACAAAAAAUAACACAAAGUGCAAGAUCAACGACAAUCCCGAGGUUGUUGUUUCCCGCCAGACUCCUGCAAGAAGCUUUUGUUUAGUUGAGUUUUGUACUAAAUAUACCGAGCUGAGGCAAAUCUCUCUUGAAUGAAUGUGCUGCCAUAUUAAGAUAAUGUUAUUAGUUGCUCCCAAAUUGAGAGAAAAAGAAAAACGCAUUUUUUUGUCGCUGUAUUAUUUCCCUGUACAUUUCAACACUGUAUAGUCCCACAGUUCUGCCAGUGCCAUUAGCGAAUUACUUCUCCCAUGUGCUGCAUUCGCCCUUUACAUUAUUGUUUCGUGUUUAGCUUGCCAUGAACUUUGAGAUUCCACCGAUGAAGAGGCGACUCUCUUGCGAGAGAGAGUUCUCUUUUUUGUUUAAGUUCCAGUGCUAGUCUGAGUGCUUCUAGGUUAAGAAUUUAAAUAGACGCGAGUGAACGUAUCCAGCAAAAAAAAAAACAAAAACAGUUUCGAUAGACUAGAAAACCAGUAGAAACGAAAACGCUACAAUAAAUAAAGAAUGGAUGAUACAAAUAUAUUUUUACAGAAGCAUAACUAAUCAUCCAAAAUCACACUUACAGAUAAUGAGACAAGAAAGUUUAAGCAAACUACUAUUAAACGAAACCCUUCUUUCUUUCGAAAUAACACAGUAAGGAACGAAAAGGCUUUAAUUAAUUAACAAUAGUCCUUAAGCGAAUGUUGAGAGAAAUUUUGACAAGAAAAAAGUUAUUAAAAAUAAUAUUUUGCCAAAUAACACGAAUUUUGUUGUAUUUUAUUAUCUCUUUUUGUUCCGCGUUUAUGUUUUCUCGCCCUGAUUCCUUCCAAUAUUUUCUCGUUUUCAACGCUGUAUUUAUUUCUUUAACUUUUAUAAUAGACAUUAAUGAUCUACUGUUAAGCAAAGUUUUCUAAUAAAAAUAUAUCAUACAUUCCAAAAACAUUUUCGGUUGUUUUUAUUUAUCUUCUUCCUAACUAUCCGCUAAUGUUCCGUUCGCCAGCUUUUGUUCUACCCCCUUUCUCUACGCAUGCAAUCACACCUUUGUUGAGUUUCCAUAACAAUCCGCUUCGUUUGACACGCACACGCACGUACCGACAUGCAGUCCCCGCGUAGGCAGUGGUGCCAGAGCGAAUAACACAAAAACAAAACUAAAUAAAUCAAGGUGCAAACAAGUCUUCAGAUCAAACAUUAAAAUGAAAAACAAGUUGGUGCAUUCGUUGGAAAUAACACAGAAACCAGGACCUGACAUUUUUGUAGUGACUUUUUCUCUAAUAUUGAGUGAAAAUGUGCGAGAAAAAUUCAUACAAACCGGAGACGAAGGAUUUCACGUUCAUUGAGAUUGAGCAAAAUCGUGUGGCUUCUGUUUUUUUUCUAAUCUUUUUAGAGAUGUCGGACGUAUUUAGACUAGGAAAAAAAGUAGAACAGAAAAAAAAAUCUGCUGCACAGAGAAACGUAGUGAAAGCUAACUUUACAGGUUAAUAUGGCCUUAGCAACUAAUGAUCUAGACGCUGAUCUGCCAAAAAAAGAAAACAAGUAACGGCCCCGAGUUUCAGGAUGAAAACGAGAACUCGGAAAUCAUUUGCCCUUAAACUCGGCCUAUACGACACAAAGUGUAGUUGUUGGACACACAAAAAUAAGAAGAAUCGUAUACAAUUGAUACUUAAAACGGUAUUUUCGGUUUUAUGGUAAGGUUCACCGGGAGUAGAAAUGUGGGUACUUCAUGCAUACAGGCCUAGAAAUUGGCUCAAACAAAGUAUAUAAAAGAAAUCAACGACAAUUAGACAGACGAAAGCUCGAAAAAUGUCAAUUUACAGACAGUUUUUCCCAAUCAAAAAUAAAAUGCACAAACAAACAACGGCAACGAAAGACCUUAUGCAUCAAAUGCUCACGAGAGGAGAUAUUCUCCGAUCAGAAAAGGAUAACUAUGAUUUGGGUGUUACUUAACAAGGACAUCAGAAGUUCUAGUCUUUUCUGAUGAAAGAUAAUGCUACAAUAUUUAGGCCGCCGGCAUCACCUAAUCUAAUUAGCAUGGAUUCAUAUGAACAGGAAGAAAGAUAUAUAUUUUGAAAGUGUUAAGAUAAGAAGUACUGUUCAUUUUGCAUUAGAUAGAUUCAAUUUUACGACUAUCUCAAUUGGUGAAUAUACAAUAAUAUAUUGAACAGAUUACACUACUAUUAAAUAAUAACAAUAGUGCAGGGAUAUCCCCUAGCAAGUUGUUCUUCAUUGUAUAGCCGUUUCAGUUAAUGAAUUUAGAUAUAAUUUCAUCGGAGCUCCAUGCUACAAAACAACCAUCAUAAAAGGACAGCAGUACAAAUCUUUUGCAGAUUAAAAAAACAAAACAAAAAGAAACUACAAAAACGCAUCAAAACGAAGCUUUAAAUCAGAGCGGUCGUUUCCGAAAAAAAAAUAUUCAUUGCGAAUCAUAUUGACCAGUAAGGAAAAAGUCUUAUUUUCGGAAAUUAUUUGUGAUUUUGACAGAAUAAAAUCACUAAAGUUAUGACCUACAAGUGUUAGCAUAAUUAGAUGUAUUUAUCUUCUAUUUAUUAUAUAGUACAGAUAAAAAACCAAGCGUUCGUGAGACGAGCAGUUUACCCUAAACAGUAAGAAGAGCAGAGAUUCUACGGCAUAGAAACCAUUAUUCGCUAUAUUCUGAAAAAAAAAGAAAUGUGCAAGAAAAUCUCGAAAAAAACAUAAAUUGAUGUGCAAUCUGAACUAUGAAACGUUUGGGAAAAGGAAGCUGUCAAACACUUCCAUUCCCAAAGCAGGCGAAGCACAGUCUAAUCAUUACGGUUAAGUACAUUGCAAAAAAAAAAUCUGGUUGUAAAACUAUCUCUCUUACGAUAACACACACAUACAUUAUGAUGAUAAGUCUCGAGCGAUUUCUCUAAGUUUAUUCUUUUUUGAAUUGUUUUCCUGUACCGAAACAGUUUGUAACAGUAUCAAGCUAAGAAACUAUGAAAUAAAUUAAAAAAUAUUGU